UCUUCUGUUUUGGCGUCGUCGUCUUCUCCGGCGUGGCCACAUUUUUCCGGCGGGAGAGUUUCCGACGGCGCUGGAUUCUAAGUCCAACAAACAUUACCUCUUCGGCUCAUCAAACUUUCUCUGCUCUGUAAUCAAUUUUUGGAUCUGGAAAUAGGCUUGGUCUGAAAUCUGAAUGAUAUGAACCUUUGGUUGUCUUGAAUCGACUUUCUUUUUGGUAAUAUCUGUAGAUCUGUCCGAAGCAAUUUUCUUCUUGUUCUUCUGUUCGAGUGGUUAAAUUCAAACAAACACACCCAUCACGAUGUUGUUGGGAGGAACAUAAUAUCGCAAAAUAUGAAAGGCACUUCAGCAGAAAUACUGCUUGAGGUUGGAUUGUUGAUUCCGAUAAGAUUCUCCGGCGAGAAUUAUGAGCUGCAACGGCUGCAGAAUCCUCCGGAAAGGCUGCUCCGCCGACUGCGUCCUCCGACCAUCUCUGAACUGGAUCUCCUCCGCCGACGCCCAGGCCAACGCCACUCUCUUCCUCGCCAAAUUCUACGGCCGCGCCGGCCUCCUCAAUCUCAUCAAUGCCGCCGCGUCGCCGCCCCUCCGCUCCGAGAUUUUUAGGUCACUGCUGUACGAGGCCUGCGGGAGGAUUAUAAAUCCGGUGUACGGCUCCGUCGGGCUGAUGUCGUCGGGAAAUUGGUCGCGCUGCCAGGCCGCCGUCGACGCCGUUUUUCAGGGAGGUCCAAUCGCCGCCGCCCCCGCCGCCGCCGCGGCGGGUGAUUCUUCCGCCGUCCUCAGCUGCGACAUUCGCCACCUGUCCAAGGACUCCCCCGGCCGGCCCGUGACCCGGACCCGGACCCGGAAGAGGAGACGGGUCGAGUCGUCGGAUUCUGAGGCGGAGAUGAAGUUCACUAUUACGGGGUGGGACUACGGCGGCGAAGAUUACGACUCGGCCUCCGUGGAGACGGUCGAGCCGGCGUUGGUGAACCGGGUUGAGUAUCCGGUUCGUGCUGAGCCGGAGCUGCUUAGCCUGGACUUGUGCUUGGGGCCCAAUCCACUGCGACGAGCGUACGGUUUUACAGUGGUCGAUAUUUCCGACAGCGAAACCUGAAUUAAUUUAAUUUAAUUAAAUUAAUUAAGAGUUUUAGUUUAGAAAUUAUAAUAAUCUCUGUUUGUUUUGGGGAUUGUUAUUUUUGCAGAUGUCUGAGAGUGUGAGUUAGGUAAAAUUGCAAUUAAUUAGUGGUUGCAAUGAGAAAUAUAUAUUUUAUAAUUUUAAUCCUCCAAUUUAGGGCUAUUUUCUCGAUUCGGCUUUUUGUAUUUUCUGUUGUAUAUUUUGGUUAAUGA